AAUAUUUAAUAUACUACUUUAUAUAAUUAAUAAUACAUUUUUUUAUUAAUUAAUUUAUAGACCAAAAGUUAAUUAUCGAGUGAACUAUUUUUAGGUAUUAUGCAACUGGAGGUUCCUUCAAAUCCCUCAGUUUUUAUUUUCUUAGAGGUCAUACUACAAUUAGAAGAAUUAUAUUUGAAACUUCUAAAGCAAUUUGGGAAAAUUUGCAACCAGAGUACAUGCCAAACCCAACAAAAGAACAAUGGUUGAAAGUAGCUGAUCGUUAUUGGGAACUGUGGAACUUGCCUAACUGUGUAGGAGCUAUUGAUGGGAAACAUAUCAAAAUUAAAGCACCACCCAAUUCAGGUUCAUCGUUUUACAAUUAUAAGGGAUAUUUCUCAAUAGUUUUGAUGGCUGUAUCAGAUGCAGAUGGAUUAUUUUUAUCAGUUGACAUAGGUGAAUAUGGAAGGAAUUGUGAUGGAAGAGCAUUAAAAGAAAGUGAAUUUGGAAAAGCUUUAUUUAAUGAUCAGCUAAGUCUGCCUGAGCCUACAUAUUUGCCAGGAGAAGAAGACAUUUUUCCUUAUUAUUUUGUAGCUGACGAAGCUUUUCCAUUAACCGACCACAUAAUGAGACCAUAUCCGCGCAGACAACUAACAAAUGAAAGAAGAAUUUACAAUUAUAGAAUUUCAAGAGGCCGAAAAUCAGUCGAGUGCGCUUUUGGUAUGAUGGUAUCAAAAUUAAGACUUUUGGAGACACCAAUACAUUGUAGUGUAAACAAUAUAGAUUGUAUCGUACAAGCUGUUUGUGUAUUACAUAAUUUUAUACGAGUUCAUGAUGGAUCCUUUACACAAUCAGAUAAACCGCAAAUUCAAUCGUGUUACCAAGAGCAAUUAAAUCAAAACCAAAGUAAAUUGAAUAAUCAGAGACCUACAAAUAAUGCAGUUAAUUCAAGAAAUCGUUUUUGUAACUUUUUUUCAAUUCAUCCUUUACCAUGGCAAGAAAAAUACACUGUCUAA